AUGGGAAGCUCGAGCUCCGCCAAGAAGUCCCCGCGCGCGCGCGCGGAGCAGAAGGCGGAAAAAUCUCCGCGUAAGCGGAAAACCUCCGCCGGGGAAGCUGACGGGGCCAAUGCGGAGGUAGGCGGAGGCGCAGCGGGUGCUGGCGGAGCGGAUGGCUCCGCGAAGCGGCGGAAAGUUUCGCGGAAGGCGGAAGUGACAGCGGAAGGCGCGGCGGAGAGGUCCGCUGUGGCGGCUUCCGCCAAAGACGAGCGGAAGAACGAAAAGGGCGACGUGGGCUCGGGGGAAGGGGACAAUUCGUCUUAUAUUUUUAAAGGGAUUUCUCUAGACGAGGACGUAAACGCAUUGGUCGCGGAACGAGAGAACGCGUCGCGGAAGGGUCCAGGAAAGUCCGCCAAAAAAGGGAUAAAGGAGUCUAAGAAUGAGCUUAAGAAGGAUAAGAAAAAGGGGAAUACUAAGAAGGGGCGUGCGGAACGAUCAGAUGCGCAGCCGGCGGGGAAAGCGGGGGGAGCGGGGAGAGCGGAAGAGGCGAAGCGGGCGAGAGAAGCGGGGAUGACCGAGGCGCAGCGGCAGGAGGAGAGGGGGAAGGAAGAGCUGAGGGCGCAAGGGUACAAGGAGGAGGAUUUCAAGGUGAGCGUGGGGAACCUGUGUGGGGGGAGGGGAGGGGGGGGGAGGGAGGUGUGGGGGAGGGAGAUGGGGGAGGAGGGAGCAGAGAGAGAGAGAGAAGCGCUGAAGGCGCAAGGGUACAAGGAGGACGAUUUUAAGGUGCUGGCAGCGAUAGCACUGGAUGCAGUGAGGAGGGGCGCGUGGGGCAGCAAGGGGGACUGGGGGACGUGGCUGCAGGGCAGGGGGAGAACCCUUCCCCUCCAAAAGCGCCCCUGGGGGAAGGGCGGAGGCAGGGGAUUCGGGGGAGGAGCAGGGGGAAGGGGCGGAGGGGGGAGGGGAGGAAUGGGGGGAGGUGGUGCGGGGGGAAGGGGGUUUGGGGGAGGGGGAGGAGGGGGGAGGGGAUGGGGAGGGGGAGGUGGGGGAGGGGGAGGCUUCUGGGAGCCUGUGAGCCGGCAGCCUUGGGUGCUGGUGGCGGGGUUUGUGGCAUCGCUGGAAGAGGCUGGGAAUUUCCGAGUCAAGAAGGUGAGUGAGACGCAUGGCUGUAUGUAUGGUUGCACGGGUUGCAUUUCACACCGCACCUGCCAGUCACCUGAGAGCAGACAGCCGUGGGUGCUGGUGGCGGGGUUUGUGACAUCGUUGGAAGAGGCUGGGAAUUUUCGAGCCAAGAAGGUGAGUGUGUGUGUGAGUUGCUACAGCAGCACAGAGCGUUGCAGCAGCAGGGGAGGAGACGAGAGGGAUGCACAUACAAUGUUCACUCGCUCAUUUUCUUCUCCCUUCUUGCUUCCUCCCGUUUCCCCUCCCAUUCAUACACAGUUGCUACAGCAGCACAGAGCGUUGCAGCAGCAGAGGGAGGAGCGGGAGGGGAAAGGGUCUUUUGCAGAGGCUGGAAUGAAGGAGAGCAACAAGAAGAUCACGUGGUUGCUUCGAUGCACUCGCACCCACUGCCGCUACAAGAAGGCCUUCACAUUUCCAUCAUUCAUGGAGACGUGGGAUGAUGAGGAACCCAUGGAGCUGACACGCGUCUCUGUGGUGGAUGGCACAGGCAAGGUGCUGUUGGAUCGGCUGGUGAAACCACAGCGAGAAGUGAAGUCGUACGUGACUGAGAUCACUGGGCUGAAGGAGGGGGAUUUCAAGACGGUCACAUACACGUGGGAGGACGCACAGCGUGAUGUGGCGGCUCUCUUAACCCCCACCACCGUGCUCGUGGGGCAUCACGUGUCUGGUGACAUGGAUGUACUCAAGAUAGACCACCCGCUGGUCAUCGACACAUCGCUGCUCUACCGCUAUGCAUCAAUGGACUCCAAUAUGUCCACCGUGCAGCUACCCCUGGCUCUCGUUGCUCUACUACCCCUGGCCCUUGUUGCCUUGGUGAGUACUUCACUGCAUGCUAUUCUAUCCCACCUCAACCCCGAGCCCGUCUCUCUUCCGCUAUUCAUCAAUGGACUCCCACAUGUCUACCGUGCAACUACCCCUGGCUCUUGUCGCUCUGGUGAGUACUCCUCACUCACUGCGUGGCCUUGCAUUGGCAUUGAUGGCCUUGGGUUGGUCAUCGACUCAUCGCUAUUCAUCAAUGGACUCCCAUAUGUCUUCCGUGCAACUACCCCUGGCCCUCGUUGCUCUGGUACGUCAUGCUCACGCACGACCUGGGGUACAAGAUGCGCCAAGGCAGCACAUCGCACCACGACAGUGUGGAAGACUCACUCGUUCCCGUCCAAGUGCUUCAAGCGACCACCAGCCUUCCCUCACCCCUCCCCCAUCUCCUACCUCCCGCUGUUUCAGCGAGACCUGGGGUACAAGAUGCGCCAAGGCAGCACAUCACACCACGACAGUGUGGAAGACUCACUCGUUCCCAUCCGACUGGUUCAGAAAGCCAUGAGCACUCCCGCCCUCCUCCCCACGCCCAUCCAGCCGCUCUCUGCCAUUGUAAGUGCCAACCACCACCUAUCAGACCUCCUUCCAAGUGAGGCGGUUGCUUGCCUCACUCGUUUCGCUCCACUCCGCCUCACUCCACUCCCUCUCCUCCCACUCACUCUAUCUCGCUCCUCUUGCCUCUCUCGUUUCACUCCACUCCCGUUCCCUCACUCUCUCUCCUCCUACUCACUCCAUCUCACUCCUCUUGGCUCACUCGUUUCAUUCCACUCCCGCUCUCUCCACCCUCUCCACCCCCACUCACUCCAUGUCACUCCUCUUGACUCCUUGCUUUCACUCCCCUCCCGCUCACCCACUCCCCUCCCUCUCACCCACUCCACCCUCUCUCCCUGCCAGGUUGGCAACUACCUGAUGGGGGAGCUGACCAUUGACGCGCUGCCACGUGGCACCACUACAGAGAUGAUCCUUGCCUUGCUGGCGCAUUACGAGAGGAGGAGGAUGGAAGCGAAGAGGGGGGAGGAGGAAGAGAAGGGGGAAAGGGAGGGGCAGGAGGAGGCAAAGGAGGGAGGAAAGGGCAAGACUGGGAAGAAGGGAAAGAAGGGGGAUAAGGGGAAGAAGGGGAAAAAGGGUGAGGAGGCGGGAGAGGAGAAGGGGGAAGAAAAAGGGGAGAGGGAGAAGGCGAGUGUGAGGAAGGAUGGCGAGGGGAAGGAGGGGCAGGCAAAUGAGGAAGAGGCAAAAAAGGAAGAGGAGGAGGAUGAGGCAAGAAUCUGGGUGUUGGGGCAGCUGCUGGAUGAUGAAGACGACAUGAUGCCAUGGGUGCCGGUAGGUGGUGUGAUGGGAUGCUAUAGCUGCAGCAUGCACGGCAUGAGGGCAUUGGGGGAUGAGGCAAGAAUCUGGGUGUUGGGGCAGCCACUGGAUGAUGAAGACGACAUGAUGCCAUGGGUGCCGGUAGGUGGCGAUGGGUGCCGAAACCUCGACUCAGCGGCAGGGGCGAUGGCUGCUUCUCUCGCGUGCACUACCCCUUCCCCUCCUCCGCCUUUUCACCUUCUUGGUCUCCUUUUCCUGAUGAAAACGCCCUCUCCCCCUUCCCCCCUCGCCCCCCUCCCACAGAAACCCCGACUCAGCGGCAGGGGCGAUGGCUGCUUCUCUCGCGUGCACUACCCCUUCCCCUACACUCUUCCAUUCCCUCUUUUUGGCAGGGGUGAUGGCUGCUUCUCUCGCGUGCACUACCCCUUCCCCUCCUCUGCUCUCGCGCUCUUCCAAUCCCUCCCAGGGGAGAUUGAAGUGGAUCCCUGGGGGCGGUGGAAGAAGAGGAUUCCUGUGCCAGAGCACCUGCAGAAGCACAUUUACUUUAUCGAAUACACCAGGGACGAAGGCGGUAACAGCGGUAACCCUGUUUACCGGCCUGCGACAGAAGUGGUGGUGGCGUGUGGCGGCGAUGGUAACCGCAUGAUCCACGGGGUUGGGGCGAAGAUGCUUAGGGCAAUGAGGGAUCAGCUUACCCUUGUGUGUGAUGAUGCAGAUGAUGUGUGGGAUGUGCUUGUUGGGAGGGAAGAGAAGGAUGGGGAGGAAGAGGAGGAGGUGAGGCAGCUGGAGCCACAGCAGGAGGAGAAGCAGUUGGAGCAGACGAGGGUGAGAGAUGAGAUUAUGGCAAAGGCGAGAGCGGAUAUGAAGGCUAAGUGGAAGCAGCUUCUUGCUAUGGACGAAACGGACGAGCGCUUAGUUGAAAGUCUUUUAAGGAGUAGUUAUUAUGAUGCGGUGGCGGCAGUGGAGAGGGCGAGAGGGGAGGGUGGGGGAGGGAAGGGAGGGGAGGGGGAGGAAGAGGUGGAGGUGGAGGUUGGAGAGGAGGGGAUGGAGCGAGCGAUUAGAGAGCUGAUUUUGCGGCUGCAAAGAAAACAGGAGCUGCAGCAGCAGCAGCAGCAGCAGGGAACAUUGCCUCAAGGGCUGGUUGAUGGGAGUAUGCGUGAUGGUGCUGCUAAUGUGGGGGAGUUGAGAAGGAGGUUAGUGCAUAGGGAGAUGGAGGUUGAGGUUUUGCAGAGGAUGGUGAUGUUCCUUGGGCAUAGACUGUGGGAGGAAGAGGGGGAGGAGGAGGAGGAGGAGGGAGAGGAGGGAGCGGAUGAGAUGGAGUAUGAGAUAGAAGAGGGGUUUGUGAGGGGGGAGGGAGGAGGGAUGGGGAAUGGGGUGGGGGGAGGAGGGAAGGAGGAGGAGGAGGAGGAGGAGGAGGAGGAGGAGGAGGAGGAGGAGGAGGAGGAGGAGGAGGAGGAGGAGGAGGAGGAGGAGGAGGAAGAGGAGGAAGAGGAAGAGGAGGAGGAGGAGGAGGAGGAGGAGGAGGAGGAGGAGGAGGGAGGAGAGGAGGGAGGAGAGGAGGGAGGAGAGGGGGGAGAGGAGGAAGAAGAGGAGGAAGUAGAGGAGGAAGAAGAGGAGGAAGAAGAGGAGGAAGAAGAGGAGGAAGAAGAGGAGGAAGAAGAGGAGGUAGAAGAGGAGGAGGAUGAGGAGGAAUAA